AUGGCCGAGGAUCGAGCCAUUGAGGCCUUAUUGGCGGGCUGCCUGUCGGGAGAUGUUUACUCCCCCUGGACGACGGUGAGAUCCUUCCUGGAGCGGCGCUAUCUCUCCCCAAACUCCAGAGGAAGCGUCGAGGAUGCCUGUGCGUUUAUCCUAAAAGCCUUUAAAGUGGCCGUGCUACCCUGCCUCGCGGCCGAAAUUGCGGAGAAGCUGUGUGAGAGUUUGUUCGAGGUGCUUCGCCGCUACCACAAGCCCUUGAAUGAGUCCUUCGCCAUGCAUACGCUUUUGGAGCUGCGUGAACAGUUUAAAUUGGUGUUAGACGACCCCGUUACCUCGCCGGUGAUCCUCGAUCAGGCGGAAGGACCUCAAGCCGCUCCCGUGAUCGUACCGGCCUGUGAAACGAUAGAAAGGCGUAUUUCCUUUUACGCCGCGCAUUUGUGGUUUUGCGAAUCUGUCUUCUUCGGGAUUCUUCGAGAAGAAAAACUUGCAAGGGAGGCGGCGUCCGCAGAUCCUCACUCCUCAUUAGAUUCCUGGUUACCCCAAUGGAAAAAUGAAUGGGUGGAAGGCAUCAUGAUGGAUUCGCGUCGUUUCGCGCAUUAUCUUUUUAAAUCGCUGGCUUCUCGUCCGUCAUCCGAAGGGCAAUCGGCUUCCAACCAAAAUGAGCGUCCUCAAUUACCAAUUCUACAGCGGUGGACCCUUCUAAAGGUCUGGCAGCGCGUGAUGCGGUGGAGUAUCCACUCCGAGAAAUCGAUCGUGCGGAAGAGAAAUAUGGAAACGGUUUGGAAAUUGCUCGUGACGGAUCUUUCGCCGUUGCAAACCCGAUGGGUGUUGGCGCUUUUCGUUCACGAUGUGUUGUUGUCGUCGGAGGCUUUUCCCGAACGCGCUGCGCAGGCCGUCGCCGAUGUCGAACAGGCGGGAUUGGAAGGCGGGAAACGGGUGAGGCUUUUACCUUCGAUUUCCAUCCCGGAGGCGAUAGAAGGGGCUCGUCUGGCGAUUCAAAUCGGGAUUGAACAGGGCUUCGGAUUACAAAAGGGUGAGACCAAUUUCAUGCCCGAGGGAAGCGGUCACGACGAGAUCGCGAAAUGCCAUGAAUGGGAUAUCUUCCUCCAGUGCUUCGUCGCGAUCCUGGAGGGAAAUGGGUUGGGGAAGCGCCCUUGUGGGGCCUCUGAGGGGGCUUCUAACGCAAAUGGCUGUGGAAGCGACGCGUUCAGGAAGUUGUAUCGGCGCUUAUGCAACUUCUUUUCAGGGCGGCUGAAGGAAUUACCCUUUCUGGAUUGGGAGGCGGUGGCGGCAGCCUACGCAUAG